AUGGCUAACGUACCGGCUAACGUACAGCGGCCGAGAUGCUUUCUCGAUAUCAACAUUGGAGAGCAACCGGCUGGUCGAUUGACGAUUGAGCUCUUUGCUGACAAGACACCGAGGACAUGCGAGAACUUCAGGCAACUGUGCACCGGCGAGCACAAUGGCAUGUCCUUCCAACAAGUCCCCUUCCACCGAGUCAUCGACGAGUUCAUGAUCCAAGGCGGCGAUAUAGCCAAUGGUGACGGGACUGGCAUGCAAAGCAUAUACGAUGGAGAGUUUGAUGAUGAGAACUUGGACUGGCGGGAGAUGGAUGCAGCGGGGUUCUUCGUUACUCUCGAGCCGUGUCCUCAUCUGAACGGCAAGCAUACAAUCUUUGGACGAUUAGUAUCUGGACAAGAUGUGCUGGAGAAGAUCGCAGAGGUCGACGUGGAUAAGGGUGACAGGCCAUUGGAGCCCGUGCUGGUUGCGAAAUGCGGCGAGCUUGAGCGAAAGAAGAAGAAGACUGAAGCACAGCCUCAGCCGCCUACACAAUCAAUUAGUGGGGAUAGAGGUCGAAGAAGAAAGAGCAAUCAGUCGGACGAGGACAUGGCUGAUAGUCCCGAGCCACCCAAACCACGAAAUCGAAGACAGAGCGACCACGAGGUCGACGAAGGUUUGCGUGGAAGACCUCGGGCACGAUCAGGAUCAAGAUCAGACUCGAAUGCACUGUCAACCACCGGCGAAGAGGAAGGGAACGAGGACUCCCAGUCCCCGGUACUGAAGCACAAGCGAAAACGCAGCAAGUCUCCAAGCCGACACGUGGAUAGAAGAGAGGAGCACGCGGGAGAGAAGCGCGAAGCAGAGGACCCGCGCGAGUUCGAGCGAAGGCGGAGGAGUCUACCGAACCAGUACGGAGACGACCGAUACAAACGCGAUUAUGGCGGAGACGACAAUAGAUACCGUCCUAGUCCACGACGAGGCGGCGAGGACUAUGCUGGAAGAAGACAGGAUGAUCGAUAUCGUCCUUCGCGCGAUCGUCGUGGAUACCAGCAGCAGGACGAGGGUCGACUUGGUGAUGGUGGAAGACUAGGGGGAGGAGGAGAAGGGCAUGACGAUCAUGAGCCGCAGGUGAAGUUCAAGGGAAGGGGUGUGAUGAAGUAUCGUGAGCCUGGACGACUGUAA